AUGCGAAUCGCCACAUUACAAUUUGCCCCUAGAGUGGGCGACGUCGACGGCAACAUCAAAAGGGCCAACGAAUUGCUGAACAGCGGCUGUGCAACUGGGAUCAAGAGCCUGAAGCCUGACCUCCUGGUAUUGCCGGAACUGGCUCUGACGGGGUACAAUUUCCCCUCGCUGGAAGCCAUACGGCCCUUCCUUGAGCCCGCGGGGAAGGGCGUCUCAGCUGCGUGGGCACGCGAGACGGCAGCGCGUCUCAGGUGUAAGGUGUGCGUGGGGUAUCCCGAGAUUGAAGUAGCAGCAGACGGGGAGAGUAGCGCGCAACCGCAGGAGAAGUACUAUAAUUCCCUGGUUGUUGUGAGUGAAGAGGGGGAGGUGGUGGUGAAUUACCGCAAGACGUUCCUGUACUUCACGGACGAGACGUGGGCGUCUGAAGGCACGGCGGAGCAAGGGUUCCACCAGCUUGUCUUUAACAAUGGUUCCGCUGAGCGAGGAGAUGUGCUAACGUCUAGGGUGGCUACGUCGUUUGGGAUAUGUAUGGAUAUCAACCCGUAUAAAUUUGAGGCGCCCUUCACGGCUUGGGAGUUUGCGAAUCGGGUCCUCGACUCCAAGUCCCAGCUGGUUAUUCUGUCGAUGGCCUGGACGACGUUUAUGAGCCGGGAGGAGUUGGAUGCGCUGGCUGAUAAGCCGGAUUUGGAUACUUUUGAUUACUGGAUACAGAGAUUUUGGCCUCUAGUCAGGCAGAAGAUGCGACACGAUGUUGAUUUGGGAUCUGACGGCCAUGAGGCCGGAGACCCAAAGGAAAAGAGUAUUGUCAUCGUCUUCGGGAAUAGGUGUGGAGAGGAGGGAUCGGUGCGCUAUGCGGGGACGAGCGCGAUUAUCGCUAUUACGCAGCGCCCGGGGGUGGUGCAGGAUGGCGACGCUGGGGAGGAGUUACCGUUCGAUGUGAAGAUCCUUUGCUGGGAUAUGCUGGGUGCGACGACAGAGGGUAUCUGCUUUGCUGAUACUACAGCCGAUCCGAAGAUUGUGUUUGGAUUGGUUAAGAGGUCGCAGGCGUGA